UGGAAGCUUAGAAAUGACAGCUGUGUUGAUGUCGGUAUUUGGAUUAUACAACUAUUUAAAAGUUAGUUUUAGGGCCCCAACCUUUCACUAAAAGAAUAAUUUUGUAGAUUUGAAAAAAUACAUUAUUAAACUGUAACCGCCUUGUUUGGCUAACGGUAAGUCAAGGUUUAAAUUAGAAGCCAUAGCAAGCAUGCUGGGAGACGAAUUUCUUUAGCAAGCUGCAUGCUAACUGCACAGGCAGGUGUGCCCAGUGUAAACAGAGGUUCAUGAAAUUUCUAUAAGCAAAUUGAAAACAUGCUUUUUAUUAUUAUCAACUCAAAUAUAUUAUCUAGACGACAACCUCCCUGAAAAUGACAUUCUUCCUUUUAAGGGGGUGGGACGGUCUGGGACCUCUUCCCUAGCUUGCUAAGCAGAGGUACAUGCAGUGCAUGGUGCCUGCAUUGUGUUAGCCAGACAGCUAGCUGCCCAAGACUGUGUCAUGCAAGCAGUUAGCUUGUUAGCUGUUGCUUACAGUCAGUAGCAAGCUCAUACACUGCCCAGGAGCUAAUGAUGUAUUCAUGGACAUCAUUGUCAUCAUUGGAUUUGGAUUGCAGUUUACACAUGCAGGUUGCUGUUAGAGGACUGUAGGUCUGCAGGGGGGAAGUCUGUAGGCAGUUCUGUAGUCUGGCCUUGAUGUGUACUGCAGCUAUCAGCCAUUCAGUCAUAUGGGAAAGUGUUGGCCACUAACUACUUUUCCUCAAUGAUCUGACAAUUUGUCCUAAUUGUUUAACUCAUAACUAUCCAGGUAUCUGAGGUAUCAUUCUUUUAGGAGAGCUUUUUGUGUGUGUGUGUGUGUGUUGUUUGAUGCCUUGUAUGUAGAGGUGGCACUAUGCCCGCCGCUACUCUGGAUCAUAGCCAGAGAAUCUGUGAGGUGUGGGCCAACAACCUGGAUGAGGAGCUGAAGAGGAUCCGGCAGGUCAUACGCAAGUACAACUACAUUGCCAUGGACACAGAGUUUCCAGGUGUGGUUGCAAGGCCAAUCGGAGAGUUCCGAAGCAAUGCUGACUACCAGUACCAGUUACUGCGCUGUAAUGUGGACUUGCUGAAGAUCAUCCAGCUUGGCCUUACCUUUAUGAAUGAACAGGGUGAAUACCCACCGGGAACCUCAACGUGGCAGUUCAAUUUUAAGUUUAACCUCACAGAGGACAUGUAUGCCCAGGACUCCAUCGAGCUCUUAACCACAUCAGGGAUUCAGUUUAAGAAGCAUGAGGAUGAGGGCAUCGAGACGCUGUACUUCGCCGAGCUGCUAAUGACCUCUGGCGUGGUUCUGUGCGAGGGGGUCAAGUGGCUCUCUUUCCACAGUGGCUAUGACUUUGGCUAUCUUAUCAAAAUCCUGUCCAACUCGAACCUGCCUGAAGAGGAGGUGGAUUUCUUUGAGAUCCUUCGUUUGUUCUUUCCCAUCAUAUAUGAUGUCAAGUACCUCAUGAAGAGUUGCAAAAACCUAAAGGGAGGCCUGCAGGAGGUGGCAGAGCAGCUGGAGCUAGAGAGGAUCGGCCCCCAGCACCAGGCCGGCUCCGACUCUCUCCUCACUGGGAUGGCCUUCUUCAAGAUGAGAGAGAUGUUCUUUGAGGAUCAUAUUGAUGAUGCAAAGUACUGUGGCCACUUGUACGGGCUGAGCUCUGGCUCUGCCUACGUCCAGAACGGAACGGGCAAUGCCUACGAGGAGGAGGCCAACAAGCAGCAGUCAUGACAUCACUGUGAUCACACCCUCGCCGCCGCUGAAUGACGUCCUCAGUCAGUGCGGCAUUGAUGUCACUUUACGAUCAUGGAAGAACAAAAGUAUACACAUCGUUUAAAGUACUCUUUUUCAUAAGCUUUAUUCACUUUAGAUGGUUGGUGAACGUGGUUAUUCGGAAAACAAAAUCCCAGCUGUCCAGACAUACCGUAGGUGUGUGUGUGAGUGGAGUCUUUUUUCCUUUUUUUCCUCUUGAUGGAAGCAGCUUAACUGGUUGGUUCAUUUAGAUUUCACAUGAAGCGCUUGGUGGAAAAAUAAUGGGAUUUUAGUUUUUCAAAAAUGUUCAGUAGGAAUUUUGCACUUUAAAAGCUCUAACCAGAUACCUGAUUUUAUACAGAAAGCUGAAAGUAUUUCUGGUAUACUCUUUGUUGCCUUCUCUCUAAGUUCACAUUUAUUCACUUAACAUACCCUAUAUCCUUACUAUGAAAACUACUUUUUUAUUUAUCUAUGUUUUUUUCACCAAGCUCAGGCUUAAUAAUAGCUACAUUUUUUAUGUUGUUUUAAAACUUUAAUUUAUUGUGAUGUUUGUUCUUGUGUGACAUUGAAUAGUUGACCCAUUCAACACUAAUAUACCGGUCAGCUACAUGGAGAAAUGUUAUUCCCUGAUAAUAGGAUAAUGGUUUGUUGCCUUUGGAGAGGAGAGCUCUUUUUGACACAGGUAAUCACAGGUACUUCAUUGGCCCCGCUGGACUUGCACUAAUUUUACCCAGAGUAGUUGGGUGAGCACCAAUUUUACCAGAACUAAAUUAAAAACUAAAGAGCUUACCUGCCUUACAAAACAUGAUGACGAGGCUACCAUGUACUUCUGUAUUGAGACUAUAUUUUUCAUUUUCAUUUUUAAAGUGACUCGACUGUUUUGUAGAGUUUUAGUACUGUAUGAAGAAAAAAAGUUCUGAAUCUUUUACACAUUCAAAUACCAUUGCUUCUUAACAUACAUCUUAACCAACAUAAGAACUUUAUUCCUAAUUUCAGUGGGAUUCAUAUUACAUGUACUGCUGGUUUUUUGAAUGAAGCACAUUUUUGUGCUGUCUGUCGUUUGUUUAGUUUUUUUGUAUUGUAUUGCUUUACAAUUCAUUCAUGCUGCCUAAUACAGCCGCAUGUACAAAAUAUGUUUGAAUAAAUGCAGUGUUGUAGACAAGUA